CAAACAACAAGGAUGAAAUAAGUUGCUUAUUUCAUAGCGUACCCCUAAUUUUUCCAGAAACGUCGGAUAUGGCGAUCCCCAUGACUACAGCAUCUAAGACGAAGAACAAUAGCUCGCGAUCACCCAGGAAGACAUCUCGUUUGAGUGACGUGGAAACUGGUACCACCUGCGACUGCGCGGAGAUCACGAAAACAGGUUUCACCGACAGUCGCAGUGGAAACCCGUCAGACAGCGGUUUGACUGACUCGAACGCUCGUCAGUUUCACAUUGUCGUCAAAACUCAUCCCGAUGGAGGGUGGGGUUGGGUUGUCUGUCUCGGCGCAUUCCUCGUUCAGUUUAUUGCGCUCGGAAUGCAAAACACGGCAGGAAUUGUUUACACGGAGCUCGUAAAGGAAUUAAAAUCUCAAAGAGGAGCUACAGGUUCGUCUAACUAUUGCACUUGUUACAUUUUUUUUUUAGCAUGGGUCGGCUCCCUUGCCACUGGCAUUAUGUUUUUGCUCGGUCCCCUUGUCACCUCCCUGUGCGAAAGACUCGGUUGUAGAAUUGUCACCAUAUGCGGGGGUCUGAUCUGCAUAGCAGGACUGCUGCUGUCUUCAUUAGUUACCAGUCUCCUUCCGUUGUAUCUAACCUACGGCUUGAUGUUUGGCUCUGGGACAAGCUUGUGCUACUUUCCCACCAUAAUAGUACUAUCGAAGUACUUCAAGAGGCGAAUUGCGGUCGUAAAUGGCCUUGUAACGGCUGGAAGUGGAGUUGGGACGCUUGUGAUUGGCCCAGUCGUCCAAGUGCUCUUUCUACGUUUCGGCGUGGCGAAUACGUUUCGAAUUGUGGCGGGAAUUUUUAGCCUUGUUAUAUUAUGUGGAGCGACGUUCCGACCUGUUCCCGCCAAGUAUUCUCAGUACAAUAGCAGGACUGAGGGGGGAGAGGCGAAGAGGCUUUUCGACUGCAGCAUAUUUAAGAACAAAGGAUACGUGAUCUGGAUAGCAUCCUUAGCGACAUUUCAGCUUGGCUAUUUUGUGCCAUUCGUUCACCUGGUCAGGCACGCCGAAGAUCUUGGUGUUUCUCCGACAGACGCUUCGUUUCUGAUCGGUUACUUGUCGGUAGCGUCGACAGUUGGCCGACUGUUUUUCGGCAAAAUGGCAGAUCUCUCCUGCGUCAACCGAGUUCGCAUGUAUCAGAUGGGUGUGUUUGCAAUCGGGUUAUGCUCCUUCUUGGUUACCUUGGCAACGGGUUACGGAGGACUGACUGCUUAUGCUGUAACCUUCGGGUUUUUUGAAGCAUGCUUCAUCCUGUUGAUUCCGCUAGUUUCCAGUGACAUCGUUGGCGCAGAAAAAAUGUCGUACGCUCUGGGGAGUGCCUUCACAGUUAUGGCGUUUCCGAUGUUUCUUGGACCACCUAUUGCAGGUACGGGACUUAUUUGGCAAUAUCUUUAAUCUUAAACCAGAAUGGUGCAUCGUUAGAGCGGUUUUCAGCUGAGAGUCAAAAAACCAAAACCAAGACCAAAACCAAACCAAUUACUUAACAAUUAGACUACUCAGCCAAUUUCAAACUGUAGUAAGACCAAAACAAAGUGAUUGACUGAUUCUUGUCAACACUCACUUGUCUUACUAAUACGAUGUACGAGGUUUUGCCAUAUUAACCCUCACCUCCAGGUUUCUUGUUUUUGGCUGAUUGAUGACGGGAGGUUGGUCCCGAGACAAUGAUUAUUAAAUUUUACAGAUAGAAACAUAUUAUUAUAAUUAAGAUCAAAAAAAAACUUUAAUUGACUGAUUGAAAUGGAAGGAAAGCUACACACGCAUGUCUAAUGAAUUAUUUGAUAGAUCGCCAGUUUGCUAAACGACAGGUGUGGAUUCAAAUUGGUCUCUCUGUCUGUCUCUUUGUCUGCCUAGGCUCUGCCUGCCUGUCUGUCUCUUUCU